GUUUUAUUUUCUCGUACGAUACAGAGAGAGAACAAUGGCGAUGCAUCGAUCAGUAGCGCUGCUGCUGCCGCUGCUGGUCAUGGCGAUCUCCGAUGGCGCAAGCACUAAUUCGAGCCGUAGUACAACUUCCUUCCACCUUCCCUCUAAUUGCUCCAGCAGCUGCGGAGACAUCGCCAUCAGCUACCCCUUUGGGAUCGAGCGCGGUUGCUUCCGCCCAGGCUUCGACCUCCUCUGCGACCGCGACGCCGACCAUACCAAGCUCCUCCUUCCCGGCGGCGUCGCCACCGAGGUGCUCAGUAUCUCUCCGUCUGCCCCCAUCAUGAACGUCCGUCUCGGCAUCGCCACCAUGAGCUACCAAUCGCGCUCCCUCUUCACCGGCUGGACAGAGGCCCCCUUUGCCGCCCUCUUCUCCUCCGUCACCGCCCUUACCGUCGUCGGGUGCAGCGCCACCGCCUUACUUAUGGACCGCAACAACAAAACCAUCGGGAGCUGCAUGACCAUCUGCCCCAACGACGACGACUUGACCGCCGCCGAAGCGAGUUGCAGCGGGAUCGGCUGCUGCCAGAUCAGCCUACCGCUGUUGGUCCGUCCGUAUGCGGUCCAACUCACCCGCAACGACUCGGAGCCCACCUCCAGCGUCAAGGCCUUCUUCUCCGGCAACGAGGAAUAUGUCUUCAAGAAGGCGGAUAUCUUCGCCGACGACAGCAUCGCGCCGCCGGAGGUCUUUAUGGAGUGGGCCAUCAACGGCUCAUCAUCCUGCGAGGAAGCCAUCAAGAGCACUUCUAAUUACGCCUGCAUCAGCAACAACAGCGUCUGCUCCGACAGCAUAACCAGUGGCCUCGGUUACUACUGCGUUUGCAUGCUAGGUUAUCAUGGCAAUCCUUACAUCACCGACGGCUGCCAAGCAUCAUCGCCGACGGAGACGGCGUCGCCGGCGUCACCUCAUCGUCCCGUAUCAGACUGCCCAACAAAGUGCGGAAACAUCACUGUUCCUUUCCCCUUCGGUCUGCAAGAAGGCUGCUACAAGGAGGAGGAGGAGAGCUUCCGCUUGGUGUGCCAGGCGCCGAUGCUCAUGUUUAGUCGCUCAGGAAUGAGCUUGUUUCACGUGGUGGAGGUGCUGCUUGAGGAAGGUCAAGUGCGAGUUCAACGAACAGAUCAGACACCGGCAGAGGAAGUGCUGCUGGAGGGAGGCAUCGAUCCCCAGAGAGGUCCUUAUAAAUUUUUGGACGAGUCGAUGAUGUUUGAGUGGGCGAUCCAAAAGUUGCCCUGCGCGGAUGCUGUCAAACUGAAUGAGACUCAAUACGCGUGCGUCAGCCACCGCAGCGUGUGCGUUGAUGUGUACGCCGCCGCCGCCGCCAAUCGCUCCGGUUAUCGCUGCAAGUGCGUCCAAGGCCACCAUGGAAAUCCAUAUGUUUUGGAUGGCUGCCAAGGUAUACGGAUUCCACGGGGACAAACAAUGAUGACAGGCAUCGUUGCCGGAGUGAGCAGUACCAUUGCACUUCUUUCUGUUUUAGCCACUGCGAUAUUUUUCGACCAAAGAUUGAAACUGCUGAAACUGAAGCGGAUGAAGGAGCGAUACUUCCUCAAAAACCAAGGCUUGUUGUUGCAGAAACUACUAUCGACUAAUGACGAUAAUACAGGGAGAGCAAAGAUCUUUUCUUUGAAAGAAUUAGAGAAAGCAACCAACAACUUCGACCAGACGAGAAUCCUCGGACAGGGAGGCCAUGGCACAGUAUACAAAGGCAUCCUGUCCGAUCAGCGUGUCGUCGCCAUUAAAAGAACCAAUAUAGUAGUAGAGAGAGAGAUCGAUCAGUUUAUAAACGAGGUUGCUAUUCUUUCUCAAAUCAAUCAUCGAAAUGUUGUCAAGCUCUAUGGAUGCUGUUUAGAGACUGAGGUGCCUCUCCUGGUGUACGAGUUCAUCACAAACGGAGCUCUUUCAGAUCAUCUCCAUGGCCAAGGCAAAAGGUCCUCGUUAUCAUGGGAGGAUCGACUAAGGAUUGCAUCACAAGUUGUGGGAUCACUUUCUUAUCUACACUCUGCCGCUUCAAUAUCGAUAUACCACCGAGACCUCAAGACAUCAAAUGUGCUCUUAGAUGAUACUUACACUGCAAAAGUUUCAGAUUUCGGAGCUUCCAGAUCUAUUCCUAUAGAUCAGACACAUCUGACCACAACAAUACAAGGUACUUUUGGCUACUUGGAUCCUGAAUACUAUCAAACUGGAAAACUGACAGAGAAGAGUGAUGUAUAUAGCUUUGGGGUUAUACUUUUGGAGCUUUUAACAGGAAAGAAACCUGUUCUAUCCUCUAGAUAUGGGGAGAUGAAUUUGGUGAUGUACUUCAACCAAGCGACAAAAUAUAAACACGUGUUCGAUAUCUUAGAGGCGAGGGUAAAGGCAGAGGGAGCAAAGCAAGAACUUGAUGAAGUGAUUCGUUUAGCAGAGGAAUGCUUGAGGGUUAGAGGAGCAGAGAGGCCUAACAUGAAAGAAGUAGAGACAAGAUUGCAAGGUUUGACAAAGGGAAGGUUCAAUAAGAAACUAGAAUUAGCUUCUGUACAUUGUGAAGAAGUUGAAGACCUUGAUGGUGAUCUAUUUUGUGCUUCUUUUGAAGAGCAGCAUUCAAGGUGCCCCAGCUUCGACGACUCGGAGCAAGAGUUCUCUCAGUCACUGAAUUAUUCAAGAUGAUUUGAUACAUGUUCUAGUGCUAUAUUAAAAGAAUUCAAUAUACUUUUCUAAUGGAGAAGCUCGAGAUAAAUCUUAAAUGUAUCUGGUAGUGUAACCAUUAUCGAGUACCAAGACGAUAUCGCUAUCAAUAACAGAAGUGAUACGAUGAGCAACGGCUAUAACUGUCGACUCAGAGAAUUGCUGUCUUAGGGUUUUUUGGAUUACAGUAUCAGUAAUAGUAUCUACUGAGGCAGUUGCUUCAUCCAGAACCAAUAUCUUGUUUUUCCUCAAGAGUACCCUUGCUAAGCAUACAAGCUGACGCUGGCCAACACUCCAGUUCUCACCAUUUUCCAUCACUGCACGGGGCAUAAGUUAGCACCGAUAAUAAGGUAAACUAAGUCAUCGCCAACCUUGUUUGUUAAAUGCUUAACAAUUCAGUAGGCACAUCUUUGUGGCAUGUUAUUGAUUCUAGUAUCAGUUUAUCACCAUUAUGAAUGGUAACAUACCUUUGGAGUUGA